GUUAAACACAAUAACCAACCAACCAAGUCCUCUGUCGGUUUGUCCCGUUGACAUAAAAACACGCACCCUAACAUGCAACACGCGCAGAGGGCAGAUCCGUGGGCAGCAAACAGGUGGAUAUGCAAUGCUGCGAACGACGGUUUCAGGCAGUACCGUGGAAGCAAGUGGCGGACUCUCAUUUUGCCUCUUGGUGAUUCCACGACCCAGGUUUGCUUGGACGUUUGACUGCUAUCCCACACGAGGGAGCAUCGUCUUGAGUUCCUGCGUGGAAAAUCUGAUGUAACCGUAACGCAUCUGAAAUUAUCGUCAUCCGCCUCACAACAUGGACGCGCGGGUGUUUCCUCGUACCUGGACGGAAUGGGGCAGUGCUUCCCUCUCAAGGGUGAGCAAAGAGGAAAGAGGAAGGAGGACAGAACAUCUUCUACCAUUUUCGUCUCCCUCUCUCGUGCGCGACUUUUUUAGGCGUGGCGUGUGACGAUGGGGCUCGUCUGUUUGUCUUUCAUGGCCUCGUCUGUUCACGCUGACCCUGGGCUCCGCUACGCAGCGGGCGGCGUGUCAGAUCACGAAGAGCUCAGCCUUGGCCAUCGCUCAGAGGGCAGAAAACUUGUGGCGAACGACAGUGGUGCGCGCAAAGCGGUUGUGCUUCAUCGCUUGUGUCAGAACAUAUCGUUGUCUGCCUGUCAGAGCACGAGUUGUAUGACCCCUAUAUCGAGUGUCUUGUAAGUCAGUCAGUCGCCAUGAUGAGCAGACCCUACAGGCACAGUGGAGUGAUAGUCUUGUGUGUGUGUUUGUGUGUGUGUCUGUGUGUUGAUCAGAAUGGCACGUUGUCGGCAGAGCGAAGCUCGUCAAACACGAGGGCCAUCCUGAAGUUCGCUGAUGUGGGAUAUCGUGUGGCGACAGAUGAUUUCGAAGUCGUCAAUGUUACCCUCCCUAUGUGAGCUCCACGGCUGCCCGCGAGAGGGUCAUGAGGCCAUCAUGCACACACAACAUGGGUUCGUUUUGGUCAGGGGGCUGAAAGAAAAGCAAGGUGUGGACAUCAAGGCCAUGCUGGACGCGACACCACAGCAGCUCGAGGUACGCCACCUGCCCAAGUGCAGUGCUCCUCGCAGCAUCAGUCAUGUAUGCAAAGGGCGACUGCUCUGUGGGCAUCUUUUGCAGCUCUCGUGUGGCGCUGAUGUGCUCCAACCGACCGACAUCCCUAUCGACUUCUCUUUCGAUGUGGGUUCAUAUUUCGGAUACGCGAAAGAGGUCUUUCUCAUUUCUGAAGUGUGCUACAUAUCGGUAGUCUGUUUCUGAAGCGGGCCAUCAUGCUCUCCUGACCACUUUUCUGACGAACUGGUCAGUCAGUGUGAUCUCGUCCCAUCGUCUGUUUUCUGUACUCAACAUACUGAUUGGUGUAUCUAACCUAACUAGUAGUGCGUACAUACUUUCACACUUGGAGUGGUGUGCGACGGCCAGAUCGAGCAGAUUGUGAAUUUUGACUCGACUGUUGACUAGAUCAAAGCAGGUGAAUUUUGGGCCGCUGUUGAGUCGACCUGUCGACUUCCUGAUGAAUGGGAUGUACGUUACAGGUGGCCACCUGUACGUACAGAUUGAUAUAUAUAUUGACGGACUUUCGUGCAGCCAGUUGUCCGCCAUUAGUCGUGAGUGUGUGCUUGAGCCACCUGUACGUACAGAUUGACGAACCUGUUUAUUGCACGAUUGUGGCAGAAUUUCAUAUCAGUCCCCGAUUGACGGACUUUCGCAUGCAGCCAGCUGUCCGCCAUUAGCGG